GCAUGACCAAUCCAAUUCGAACGUAAAUAAUAAUAAAACAAACAACAAGUCAAUUGAACAUUAUUCAUCAACAUCACUAAAAACUUUUUAGUGAUCAGUUUAAAAACCUUUGUUACGACGUGAUCAUUAUAACAAAUUCAUCAGUUUUUAACAUCGACAAAGACAAAGAAAAAAUAAUAAUUUUGUCAAAAAUGUCCGAAUUCGAUAAGACAGUUGAAUAUAUUCGACAGAAAUUGAAUCCCAUACGUGAUAUUGUUGUACGUAUGCAUUCAAUUCUGAUCUGGGAAAAAUCAUAUCAUGCACCAUGUAUUAUCAUGUUUAUCACAUUUAUUUUCAUGUGUCUCUGGUUAAUCGAAGUGCCAAUAAUUUCAAAAAUUUGUUUCAUGGGCAUAAUAGCUACUUUGAUUGAUUAUUUUCUUCCGUUUAUAAAUGAAAUUUUCUCUUUACCUAAAUGGAACGAUUCAUCUGAAAAAUUGUUCAAUAAUGAAUGUCAUUUGAUUGCAAAAACAUGGUUAAAUGUAAAGGAAUUUUAUCAACUAGUCUGUUCGUGGAAAUAUUCAAAGACUAAACUUUAUUAUUCAACAUUAUUGACCGUAUUGAUGGUAAUCGCAUGGAUUGGUACACAGAUUCAUAAUCUGUUAUUACUUUAUUUGUCCACAAUGUUUAUUGUAUUGUAUCCUGGUCUUUCACAUUAUAAUAUGAUUGAAGAUUUUUUUCUCACCAUUCAACAAUGGUUACAAUCUCUAUUUUCAAAACAUCAGCCAUCAACAACUACACAAUCAAAAAAGAUUAAAUGAUUAAUUAAAAUAUAUUAGUGUUAAACUUGAAAUUAUUAUCACCGUUUUAUCAGAAAAGAAAAACAUUCAAUAAAUUAUAUCAUAAAAUCAUUCCUAA